AUGGCCGUCUGUGCAGCCCCUACAUGCGGAGCGGAAACAGAAUCAAAUCUCAAAUGCCCCGUGUGUCUCAAAGACAACAUCGAGUCGAUUUUCUGCAACCAGAAAUGCUUCAGAUCCGGCUGGGGGGUCCACAAAGCACAGCAUCCUGCCGAAGACGGCAAACCCUUUGAUCCGUUCCCAAACUACACUUACACAGGCUACUUGAGAGCCUCAUACCCUUUGUCGCCAUGCAGACCCGUGAACAAAGAUAUCAAGAAGCCAGACUACGCCAAGGAUGGGUUUCCAGUGAGCGAAAGGAAGAACGACAGAACAGGAAAGAUUACUAUUCUUCAAGAACAUGAAAUUAAGAAGAUUCGUAAAGUGGGCAAAGUGCUGAGAAUCAUUCUUGACAAGGUUGCAUCGCACAUCAAGCCAGGCGUUACUACAGAUGAACUAGACGCCAUCUUGCACAAAGAAUGUAUGGCCAGAGGCGCAUACCCUUCUCCGCUCAACUACUACAACUUUCCCAAGUCGUUCUGCACGUCUGUGAAUGAGGUGAUCUGUCAUGGCAUUCCAGAUCAAAGGCCGCUUGAAGAUGGUGACAUCAUCAACUUGGAUGUAUCGAUAUACUUGCAUGGGUUCCACUCGGACCUCAACGAGACAUACUACGUGGGAGACAAGGCCAAGUGCAACCCAGAAAUAGUGAAUUUGGUGGAAACUACUAGGGAGGCAUUGGACUUGGCAAUUGCACAGGUGAAGCCGGGAUUGAUUUUCAGAGAGUUGGGUGCUGUGAUCGAGGAGCACGCUACGAAAAACGGUUGUUCGGUGGUGAGAUCGUUCUGUGGCCACGGAACAAAUACUCUUUUCCAUUGCCAGCCCAACAUCCCCCACUACGCCAAAAAUAAGGCCAUUGGUGUGGCCAAACCCGGCAUGGUGUUCACCAUUGAGCCCAUGCUUAACCUUGGCACAUACAAGGAUACAACAUGGCCGGACGGAUGGACGGCUGUGACCUUAGACGGCAAAUUGCUGGCUCAGUUUGAGCACAUGAUGUUGGUGACAGAAGAUGGCGUGGAGGUGUUGACUGCUAGACUCGAGGACUCUCCUGGGGGUCCUGUUAAGCGGAUAUAG